GAAGCUGCGACCGUCGCGGCGGCCAGAUCCGCGUCCCGCCUCAGCGCCCAGAGGACAUGCGGGAGAGAGAAUGAGCCAGAGGGACACGCUGGUGCAUCUGUUUGCCGGAGGAUGUGGCGGUACGGUGGGAGCUAUUCUGACAUGUCCACUGGAAGUUGUAAAAACACGGCUGCAGUCAUCUUCUGUGACACUUUAUAUCUCUGAAGUUCAGCUGAACACCAUGGCUGGAGACAGUGUCAAUCGAGUAGUGUCUCCUGGACCUCUCCAUUGUCUAAAGGUGAUCUUGGAAAAAGAAGGGCCUCGUCCCCUGUUUAGAGGAUUAGGCCCCAAUUUAGUGGGGGCGGCCCCUUCCAGAGCAAUAUACUUUGCUGCUUAUUCAAACUGCAAGGAAAAGUUGAAUGGUUUAUUUGAUCCUGAUUCUACCCAGGUACACAUGAUUUCAGCUGCAAUGGCAGUGAAAGGUUUUACUGCAAUCAGAGCGACCAACCCCAUUUAGCUUAUAAAGACUCAGUUACAGCUUGAUGCAAGGAACCGUGGGGAAAAGCGAAUGGGUGCUUUUGAGUGUGUCCAUAAAGUGUAUCAGACAGAUGGACUUAGAGGAUUUUAUAGGGGCAUGUCUGCUUCAUAUGCUGGCAUAUCAGAGACUGUUAUCCAUUUUGUUAUUUAUGAAAGUAUUAAGCAAAAACUACUGGAAUAUAAGAUUGCUUCUACAAUGGAAAAUGAAGAAGAGUCUGUAAAAGAAGCAUCAGAUUUUGUGGGAAUGAUGCUAGCUGCUGCUACCUCAAAAACGUGUGCCACAACUAUAGCAUAUCUACAUGAAGUUGUAAGAACAAGACUGCGUGAGGAGGGAACAAAAUAUAGAUCCUUUUUUCAGACACUGUCUUUGCUUGUUCAAGAAGAAGGCUAUGGGUCUCUUUACCGUGGUCUGACAACUCAUCUGGUGAGACAGAUUCCAAACACAGCCAUUACGAUGGACACCUAUGAAUUAGUGGUCUACCUGCUCAAUGGAUAGCACCACCAGGCUACUGUACUAUAAAGAGGGAAGACCAAAAGAUACAGUGGACCAUGGAGUACCGAAGCCAGCUUGGUGGACAGAAGGAAAAUAGUGUGGGAACACGGAACUAUACCUAAGUGGAAGUUUGGUUGUAGGAAUUAAAGUAAUCAUAACCACAUUACUUAGUCUUUUUAGUAAUGUGAAAAAAAACCUUGGCUGCCUCCAAGAAAAAGCCUUUAGAAGCGCUCGUUCUUCAAAACUGCCAUUUUCUCUACCAUGUCCACAGGACACAGUCGGCAUUUUGUUGAUUUAUGGCA